AUGGAAAAGUUAAAUGAUGUUAAACGUGAACAAAUUAAUUCGGGGCUCAUGAAUUUUAAACAAGGAAAUAAAGUUUUAAUUCAUCUCGAUUAUGGAAAAACUGAUAAAUCAAUGACAAAAAGAAGACGAAGAUUUGACACAAUAGCUGAAUUUGUUAGAUAUAUUAACGGCAAUGCAUUAGUUGAAGUUGACAAGAAAUUAAUAGAAAUUCCGAUUUAUUUUAUUACUCCAUUAUAUUUAAAUAAUAUUUAA